AUGACGACAACAGCCAAACCGCUCGAAGGAAAAAUUGCUGUGGUCACCGGAGCCAGCAGCGGCAUUGGUGCCGCAAUUGCCAAAGGUCUCAGUGAAGCUGGGGCCAAAGUAGGCGUGGGUGGACGAAGAUUGGAUAGACUCAAAGGACUUGCAGCUCAGCUCAUGACCGCCAAGGGAGCGGCCAAGGUUCAUGCCUGCAAAGUUGAUGUCACCAGCAGAGAAGACAUGGAGACUUUCUGCAAGGAAUGUGAAGAAAAUUUGGGAGGACCCAUUGAUAUCUUUGUCAACAAUGCUGGUGUCAUGUUCUAUGGUAGAUUGGAAGCCAUGCGCGAAGAACAGUGGCAUAGGGAACUCAAUGUCAACUGCAAGGGGUUGUUGCAUGCCGCUGCCUGCGUCUUGCCUGGAAUGCUGGCCAAAGGAAGUGGACAUAUUGUGGUGACUUCCAGUGAUGCUGGAAGGAAGGUAUUCCCUGGUUUGGCCAACUACUCUGCAACCAAGUUCUUUGUGGAAGCAUUCUGCCAAGGAAUGAGGCUGGAAAAUGCUGAUAAGGGACUCAAAGUGACAACCAUUCAACCUGGUGACUGCAAGACAGAAUUGUCCCAGUUGACAACAGAUGAAGAGGCUAGGAAAGAGUUUGCUCAGCCCUCCCAAGCCAGAGAGUUUUGGUUGGACCCAGAAGAUGUUGCUGGAGCAGUGUUGUAUGCUGUCACAGCUCCCAACCAUGUUGGAGUGAACGAAGUUUUGAUUGAACCCCGAGGUGCCCCUGCAUAA